AUGGCCAGCUCGGGGUCCCGCAGCCCCUGCGGCUGCCUCUGCUCGUCCCGAGCUUCCCUGGCGUGGCUGGGGGUAACGCUGCUGCUUCUCGCCGACUGGGUGCUGCUCCGGGCGGCGCUCCCCAGAAUAGGCUCCGCGCUGGUCCCCGCCGCGCUGCCCCUGCUCCGGGUCUGGGUGGUGGGCCUGAGCCGCUGGGCUGUGCUGUGGCUGGGGGCCCGUGCUGUUCUCGGGGCAACGGUCGGCUCCAGCAGGAAAAGCGCAGGAGUUCGGGGAUGGCUGGCCGCUCUGCAGCCAUUGGCGGCGGCGCUGGGCUUGGCCCUGCCCGGACUUGCCUUGUUCCGAGAGCUGAGCUCGUGGAGCGUUCCCAGGGCUUCCGACGGCUCUCGGCUCCUGCACUGGGGAAGUCGCCUGGAUGCUUUCGCCCUCACUUACUUGGCAGCAGUACCCGCAGCCGCCAUGUGGCAUAAGCUCGGCGGUCUUUGGGGACCGAAAAGUCACGGGGGUUCAGGAGACGCGGUGCGCCGGCUUCUAGGCUGCCUGGGUUCAGAGAUACGAAGCUUCCCGCUCCUGCUGGUCCUGUUCGUUCUCUCCAGUCUCGGGGAAAUGGCCAUUCCGUUCUUCACCGGUCACCUCGCCGACUGGAUUCUGCAAGAUGGGACAGCCUCUGUUUUCACAUGGAACAUAACGCUCAUGUCCAUUCUCACCAUAGCCAGUGCAGUGUUGGAGUUCGGGGCUGACGGUGUCUAUAACAGCACCAUGGGCCGUGUGCACAGCCGCUUGCAAGGAGAGGUAUUUCAGGCUGUCCUGCGUCAGGAAACAGAGUUUUUCCAACAGAACCAAACGGGAGCCAUCACUUCUCGGGUGACAGAGGACACCUCCACGCUAAGUGAGUCUCUGAGUGAGAAGCUGAGCCUGCUGUUGUGGUACCUGGUGCGGGGGCUGUGUCUCUUGGGGCUCAUGCUCUGGGGGUCACUGUCCCUCACCAUGGUCACCCUGGUCACCCUGCCUCUGCUUUUCCUUCUGCCUAAGAAGCUGGGAAAAUGGCACCAGGUGCUGGCAACCCAGGUGCAGAAAUCUCUGGCAGAGUCCAGCCAGGUGGCCAUUGAGGUGCUGUCAGCCAUGCCCACAGUCCGGAGCUUUGCCAAUGAGGAGGCUGAGGCCCAGAAGUACAGCCAGAAGCUGCAGGAUAUGAAUACCCUCCAUCAGAAGGAGGCUGUGUCCUAUGCAGUCAACCUCUGGACCAGCAGUAUCUCAGGGAUGCUGCUGAAGGUGGGAAUCUUAUACAUCGGUGGGCAUCUGGUGACAAGUGGGGCUAUAAGCAGCGGGAACCUUGUCACGUUUAUUCUCUACCAGAUCCAGUUCACCACUGCUGUUGAGGUACUGCUUUCCACCUACCCGAGUGUACAGAAGGCUGUGGGCUCCUCAGAGAAAAUAUUUGAAUACCUGGACCGGAUUCCUCGCUGUCCUCCCAGUGGUGUGCUGACUUCCUUAAACUUGGAGGGCCUUGUCCAGUUUCAGGAUGUCUCCUUUGCCUACCCAGACCGUCCAGAUGUCCCAGUGCUGCAGGGGCUGACAUUCACCCUACGGCCUGGUGAGGUGACGGCUCUGGUGGGGCCCAAUUGCUCCGGGAAGAGCACAGUGGCUGCCUUGCUGCAGAACCUGUACCAGCCCACCGGGGGACGGCUGCUGCUGGAUGGGAAGCCCCUUCCCCAAUACGAACACCACUACCUGCACACACAAGUGGCUGCAGUGGGGCAAGAGCUACAGCUAUUUGGGAGGAGUUUUCAAGAAAAUAUUGCCUAUGGCCUGGUCCAGAAGCCAACUAUGGAGGAAAUCAUAGCUGCUGCAAUGGUGUCUGGAGCCCACAGUUUCAUCUCUGAACUCCCUGAGGGCUAUAAUACAGAGAUAGGUGAGGCUGGGAACCAGCUAUCAGGGGGUCAGCGACAGGCAGUGGCCUUGGCUCGAGCAUUGAUCCGGAAACCACGUGUACUCAUCCUGGAUGAUGCUACGAGUGCCCUCGACGCAGACAGCCAGUUACGGGUGGAGCAGCUCCUGUACAAAAGCCCCGAGCAGCGCUCUCGGUCUGUGCUUCUCAUCACUCAUUGUCUCAGCUUGGUGGAGCAGGCUGACCAAAUCCUCUUUCUGGAUGGAGGCACCAUCUGUGAAGCAGGAACCUACCAGCAGCUCAUGGAAAAGAGGGGACGCUUCUGGACCAUGAUGCAGGCUCCUGGUGGGUCAGGAGCUCCAGAAUGAAAGACGACUCUGACCUGCACGUGCCGUCUCCCUCCCUUCUUUUCUCCUCUCUAGUGGAGAAUUUGGGAACAAGGGGCUUACCAGAGCUGCACAGUAGGCAGCUGCUUCUAGGAGGAGCGACUUCCUAGAAAAUAACUCACUAGCUGAUGCCUGAAAUUCUGCCAUGAGUGUUGCCCCCUCUCCAAACUCCUCUUGAUGAUGCAGAUUUCUUGGAAGAAAACAGGGCUUAUAACUCCUUAGUGUAACCGGGUUCAGAGCCAGGGUUUUGGUGUGGAACCCUGGAAAUGAGAAGAACUUUAAAAUAUAGAGAGGGGAGAGCAGCUACUUUCCACUAAGACUAAAGUCAUAAGCUGGCCCAUAAACACACUCUGGAUUCUUGAUAUUUAUAAUAAAACCGGGGUUUUGUACUGUG